ACGGAGGAUAGUUGGAGCAGCUGUUACAAUAAAAGCGAAUUCACAAAUUCACAUUUCGCAAAAAAAUAUUGGCAAAUCAUUUUUAUGCUAUCUCACCAAUCCAACGGAAGUGAAUUUAAACAUGGAUAAGUUUUAUGUUGUUUUGAUUGCCCACUGCAUUUUGGUUUUUUGUCUUCUUCAACUAGUGCAUUAUAGCUUGUUGUUUUUCGCCGCCCAUUUUGUCGAAAGAAUUGCCGUUUCGACGACAUGUUUGAUAAUCAUUUUAAUAACGUUUCGAUUUACAAGGAAGUGGUGUUUGCAAGAUGAAAUAGAUAUCAAGAAUAAAGCUGUGUUAAUAACAGGCUGUGAUUCAGGGUUCGGCUACCUUCUUGCCCAACAGCUUGAUAAAAAGGGAUUCAAAGUCUUUGCAAGCUGUUUAUUUCCAUGUGGUCCUGGUGCGAGUGAAUUAAAGGCAAUUUUGUCCGCACGUUCCAAAGUAUUUGGAUUGGAUGUAAGAAAACAGGAAAGCGUAUUACAAGCCUUAGAAUUUGUGAAAGAAAACUUGGAAUCUUACGAGCUUUGGGCUGUCGUCAACAAUGCUGGGGUCCGUAGAGGUUUCUCUAUGGAACUCUCAAGUGUCCAAGAUUUUGAGGACUGUAUGGACGUCAAUGCUCUUGGCCUAGUGAGAGUCACUAAAGCUUUUCUGAAUCUGUUAAAGCCAUCCAAAGGUAGAAUUAUCAAUGUGACUAGUAUUUGCUCAAGGUUACCUGUGUCCGGUAUCGUCCCGUACACCAUGAGCAAACACGCUGCAGCAGGGUUCAAUGAUUGUCUGAGAGCAAAUUUGGCUCCCAUAGGGAUUAAAGUUAUUUCCAUUGAACCCACAUGCUUUCUAACUACAAUGACUGAAAAGAAUGCUAUCAAGAAAGAUUUGGAAGAACGGAUAAUCGAAAAUGAAGAAGAAAUCAUGAAGAAUUAUGGAAAAAAUCAAAUAGAAAAUUACGGAAAUUUUUAUAAUUUUUUGAUCAGAAAUAUUUCCAAGGAUGUCCAUAUAGUUAUAAAUGACUUGGAGCAUGCAAUUUGUUGUCAGUACCCAGAGAGUGUUUAUAAUUCCUGCCCAAAUAUUGUUCAAUCAGCGUCUUUAAAAAUACCAACAUUAUUUCCAUCAUUUAUACAAGAUACUUUUGAUAGUAUAACUCCAUAUAUUUUUUGUAAAUUUUGUAAAUUGUAG